AUGCUUGAUUCCGUCUCCGAAUUGAGAAAGAAGAUUGAGUAUCCAUUUUCGGCGGCACAGGAUGGCACAAUAAACGCAGUCGUUACACUCGCAGCCAUUGAGCACGGAAAGGGAAACUAUGAGUCGAGUGCUAUGCACGUCAGCGGAGUCAAGGAAAUGAUCCGCAUGAGAGGCGGUAUCAGCCAGGUCAAACACACAAGUCCACUUACGGCUCGGAUGGUCUUAUGGGUCUCUAUGCUCGUGACUCGCCAACCUCAAUUUGGCAUCAACGACCAUGUCGAGGGCCACGGCAUAUCCCCCGACUUGCAGUGGCAGCUUGCCUCCGCCAACCUUGACCCGGGCAGCUUCGGAAUAUGCUGCCGAGAAAUCGAUCCUAGCGUGCGGGAUGUGCUUGCUCGUCUCCGCCACAUCUUUCAUCAUGGGAAAGUCACAAUAACAACCGAGCUGCACGACCUGACUUGCUUUGUCAUACACAAGCUGCUCUCGCCGCUAGAGUCCUCAUGCGACGGCAUUCAAGAGUAUAACCAUGCCGUGUCCCUGUCUCUCCGGCAUGCUCUGGUACUGUAUCUGCUCAUCAUCCGCCGCACAACCUAUUACUCGCAUGCUCACAUGGCCGCUUUGCUGGCAAAGCGGCUGAGAGGACACCUCCAAGAUUUACCGCCACAUGAUGGUGGUUUGGACUCGAUGAAAAUCUGGGCCAUCUCCAUGGGAAUGGUGUCCUCACUCGACCUCAUUGAUCGCCAGUUUGCGUCAGAGGCCCGCUCUGCUCGUUCGUCCUCUGGCUUGAGCUGUUGGAACCAUGUGCUGACGCACCUGGAAAGCAUCCUCUGGUUGAACAUACAGCAGGACAAUCUUUUCUUGUCAGGGUGGCAGGAAAUCUUAACAAACACGAACCGAUAA